UUCUGGACUCGGCGCGGGCGGUGGCGUGAGGGGCUCCGGCGGAGACAUGUCCUCCGGGGUGGCCGCGCGUCGCGACGCCAAGAAGCUUGUGCGCUCGCCCAGCGGCCUGCGCAUGGUGCCGGAGCACCGCGCCUUCGGAAGCCCGUUCGGCUUGGAGGAGCCGCAGUGGGUCCCGGACAAGGAGUGUCCACGAUGUAUGCAGUGUGAUGCCAAAUUUGACUUUAUCACCAGGAAGCACCACUGCCGCCGCUGUGGGAAAUGCUUCUGUGACAGGUGCUGCAGCCAGAAGGUGCCGCUUCGGCGCAUGUGCUUUGUGGACCCAGUGCGCCAGUGUGCGGAGUGUGCCCUGGUGUCUCACCGUGAGGCUGAGUUUUACGACAAGCAGCUCAAGGUGCUCCUAAGUGGAGCUACCUUCCUUGUUACUUUUGGGGACUCAGAGAAGCCUGAGACUAUGGUUUGCCGUCUUUCCAACAACCAGAGGUGCCUGAUUCUGGACGGGGACAGCCAUCACGAAAUUGAGAUUGCACAUGUCUGUACUGUGCAGAUUCUCACAGAAGGCUUCACUCCUGGAGUAGAAAAAGACAUUCACACUUAUACCAGCCUCCUGGGGAGCCUGCCUGCCUCUGAAGCAGGCAGCACUCGAGCCACAGGCAUGUUCCUGCAGUACACAGUGCCAGGGGCAGAGGCUGCGACACAGCUGAGGCUGAUGGCUGGAGAGGAUGCAAAUGGCAGCAAGAGGCAGGCAGCAGCAUGGCUGGUGGCCAUGCACAAGGCUACCAAGCUCCUCUAUGAAUCACGAGACCAGUAACUGCAAGGGAACUGAGCUCAGCACAUCAAGUUACAAAGUCCAAGCUGCUUGCCCUGCUUGAGCACUCAGGGCUCUGCUGUGUGUGUGCUUGGAAAUGCAAUUCAAGUAUCUGGAAGCAGAGUGUUCACUUACCUAGUGCAAUAUGUACACAGUUGAUUAACGCUUUAAAGAGCUUAUGUUGUAGUGUUGCUGAUACUUAUCAGGGUUGGGAGAAACUGCACUACAGUACUAAAUCAGUUUUAAUAUAACCUCUACCAUGUUUAUAAAUUCCCAGGUUUAUAAGAGAUUUUUGGCCCUGUUCCCACAGAAACAAACUAGGUGGUGGUCAUUCAGGCCGCUAGUUUAGCGUUGGACCCUGCCUAUCUCCAGUAGCCCAUUUACAAUGCCUUAGCCUGUUUAUGACUCUCCACUUACUUUGUCACUUAAGAGGAAGGCAUCACAACCUUCUGUGUUUUCUACUUUGCACUUACUAUUUCACUUUAGUAAAAUGACUGUACAGUAAUUUGUAUAUAAAAUGUAUGAUUAAAACUUAUUU